GUACAUCGGCAGCUGGAGGUAGUGGCGGUAGUAGUGCAGCUAGCAUAGGUGCUAUUGCUGUUCCAAGUAAAGGUAAUCGUGAUAGCGGUAAUGCCACUGCCGUUAAUGGUGGUGGUUCUGCUGCUGAUAGAGGUGUAGUCAGACACGGAAGUGCUACUAGUUGUGGAAAUGGUCGCGGAGGUGCCAUUGAUCACAGAGAAGCUGGUGGUCGUGGAGGUGCUGCUGGUCAUGGAGAAACUGUUGGUCAUGGAGAAGCUGUUGAUUGUGGAGAUGCCGUUAAUCAUGGAAAUGCUUUUAGUCAUGAAGGUGCUUUUGAUCACGGAGAAGCUAUUGUUUGUGGAGAAGCUGUUGUUCAUGGAGAUGCCGUUGGUCGUGGAGGUGCCAUUAAUCAUGGAUGUGCUUUUAGUCAUGAAGGUGCUUUUGAUCACGGAGAAGCUGUUGUUUGUUGA